CACCACCCGACUCUGUAGGGUGUCUUCAAUAGUGUCUUGAUAUAGUUAUUUAUCAAAUAUACAUCUAAAAGGUGACAAAUUAACAAGUGAUGAGCUGUUUUGGAGAAUGCCUCGAUAUGGGGCCUCCUCCAGACACCAUACUAUUCCUCCCUCCACCCCCUGCUCCCUCUUUUCUCCAACACUCCCUGCCUGACUUAUUACUCAAUACUACCCCCUGUUCGGCGGCUCAACUGUGCGAGUCCGUACUCUCUUCCAGCAGAAUUCCCGACAAUGGAGACUACAUUGAAAUGCCAAGAAAAGAUGUCGAAAAUUGGUCUGGAAUCGACGACACAUGGCUGCUGGUGUUAGUUGCUUCCUCCAUUGGAGUAUUACUGUUAGGAGCCCUUUUAGCUAUGUUUCUCCUGAAAUGUAGAGAGAUGAAUAUGUUCAAUUCAAACGAAUGUUCUCUUCACACGCGCGAUCACAGACAAAUAAAAAACCACGAAUCUCGGGACUGUUCGUCAGUAAACAACAUAAACGGCAACAAACUGGUCCACCCCUCAGAAACAGUCCUCUACCACGGGGCACCGAACAUGCAAGACAACAGGAUGGUGUGGGCGGCUCUGACGCCCAGAGGCACCCAGCACUUUAUUUCAGAGAACUACCCCCGCGACUUGAUAGACUACGGCGAAAACGACGACCACUACGAAACCAUAGAUAACCUAAACAUACAACCUGUGAUACCAAAACAUCCCAUCUCCUACCACCAGUACCAAAAAGAUUACGAAUACGAGGACCCCACCCCCUUGAUCGAGAGCUACCAGAUGAAUAACAUGGAAAACAUGGAGUCUCCUCAUUAUCAGAUACUAGGCAAUACCGAUAUGCGUUGUGCUAGUCUCGGUUUGGGUACAAAUACCUUGAGGAGGGGUAUUCCCAUAAGCCGACCAAGAGUUUCGUCCCCUACGCGUAUAGAACACCCCAAUUUACCACCUUUGAACCUCUACCCCCAUAAGGGGAACACUCUGAAGAAGAACUCCACUUUGAGUUACAGAACGGUGGACGCAGGUACAUUGCCAAAAUACGGAAUGUAAUGAUUGUAGCUUUAUUAUAUCUAUUUUUAAGAAUUUAGAGCACUAGUCACUAUUUAAUAUACCUACAC